AUGGGUUUCAGCUUCGCUUUUGACGAUGAAGAUAUAGAAAACGAGGAUAAAGGAAAUCAGAAACAACAAAAUUCCACUGAGCAGGUGAUUAAUCCACUUGACAAAACUCAUGACCAAGGUAUAGAAGCAUCAUCAUUAAAUCUCAAAGAAAUACUAGAAACAUUAUUGGAUGUGCCCUUAACUUUCUCUGAAGCUUUUUCAAAAAUAUAUAAAAGAGAACUUUUCGAUGUCAAGCACCAACUCAUGCUUGAAGAUGAUAAUAUCUAUAAUGAAAACUUGGAGGAUACUUUGAUGGGUAACGAUGAUUUGAAGAAAUAUAUUUACGAAGGUGGAUUGAAAACUUGGGAAUGUUCUGUUGACUUGAUAAUUCAUUUACAAAGCUUAUCAGGUGAAUUUUUUGAAGUUAGUCAAAUUAUUGAGCUAGGCAGUGGAACUUCUCUUCCAAGUUGCUUUUUGUUCAAAGAAUGCUUGACCCAGAGCAGGCCAAUGCGAUUUGUGCUUUCUGACUAUAAUAAAUCUGUGUUAAGAUUAGUGACUGUUCCAAAUUUAGUAAUUAAUUGGUUCACCUCUUUGGAUCUUGAAUCCAAGCAGGAGUUGAAAAAGUCUUUUAAAAUCAAUGCCGACAUAGAUGCAGAAUUGCAGAUAACAAGAGAGCUUAUUGAUAAAUUUUUUGAAGAUUUGGAUAAAAAAAGUAUUGAAGUGCAAAUAUUAAGCGGAUCUUGGGGUAGAGAUUUCUUGAAUUACAUUGACGUGUCUCGCAAAUCAUUGACUCUUACAUCAGAAACCAUAUAUUCACCAGACAUUGUCCCGACAAUAUCAGAAAUCUUGAUUGAACUUCUGAAGAGUGGCAAAUGCGUGGUAGCUGCUAAGGAUAUAUAUUUUGGUGUUGGUGGUACAGUUCUUGGGUUCUUGGAGUACUUGAAUGGUAGAAUCAACAAUGAUAAAUUGGGGUUGAAAUAUGAAUUGAAAAGAAUCGCAACCGGAGGAUUGAAUAGAUCUUUAAUUACAAUUACGAAUUGA